UCUCCGCUACCUGGGACGAAGCCCCAGUUGACUACGGAGGACUCACACACUGGGAUGAAUUUGCUCCUCGUGGCGCCUCUUCUUCGGGUUCAGGCCGGUCCCAAAAGAGAGGAAGGGAGCGGGGCUGAGCAGGCGCAGUUGGGCCAGGCCGGGAAAGAGGGGGAAGAAAACGGUUCCUAUCGCCGAGGAAAGAGUUAACUGCUCUAGAAACCUAACACCCUGCGGAACCCGAAGAGGGGAGGAAAGGGAAGGGAGCGGGGGAAGGCAUAGAGUCUCUUCGGCGGGCUCGGAACCAAAGCCGGUGGUCUGAGGCGACUGCGUACCAACAAGAAGCUGUUAAAGAAACCCCCAGGCAGGCUUCGCGAGCAGCGGCCGUCCCACGCGCAGGAGAGCCUGAGUGGCGAGCGGAGGAGCAGAGAGGGCUUCCUAUAAAGACCUGCGGCGACGCGCAUCUCCGCUGGGUUCACAAUGGAAGCCAUCCCAGUCAGCAUCCCCCUGGCCUUUCUUGUGCUCCCACUUUUUGUGCUUGGGGCUCCCAGUGAGGAGCUUAGCCCACAAGAAGUCACUCCCAGCCUGAGUGGCUGCAAGAGAUGCUGUGACUCCCUGGAUGUCCCUGGGUCCUCCGAAGCCAGUCAUGGUGCAGACAGACCUCGCUCUUUGCCAUUUGUAAUGCCAGAAGUUCGUCCAUAUAUCAACAUCACAAUUCUGAAAGGGGAAAAAGGAGAUCAAGGAGAGGCUGGAGUUCCUGGGAAAUGGGGCAAAGAGGGACCCCCCGGUGAUCGGGGACCCCAGGGCCCAAAGGGCAGCAAGGGACAAAUGGGGGCACCUGGAGAUCCCUGCAAGCACCAGUAUGCAGCUUUCUCAGUGGGCCGGAAGAAGGCUCUCCACAGUAAUGAAGGCUACCAGGCUUUGAUCUUUGACACUGUCUUUGUGAACCUCUAUAGCCACUUUGACAUGUUUAAGGGCAAGUUCUACUGCUAUGUGGCAGGCCUGUAUUUCUUCAGUCUCAAUGUCCACACCUGGAAUUUCAAGGAGACCUACAUGCAUGUCAUGCGGAAUGACCAAGAGGAGGUCAUUCUCUAUGCUCAGCCCAGUGACCGCAGCAUUAUGCAAAGCCAGAGUCUGAUGCUGGAGCUGCGGGAGAAUGAUGAGGUUUGGGUGCGUCUCUACAAGCGAGAGCGUGACAAUGCCAUCUACAGUGAUGAUGUGGAUGUCUACAUCACUUUCAGUGGCUAUCUGAUCAAGCCCAGUCUCGAAUAGCUGUUUUCCUCCAAAGCUCAAAUUUAUCCUCCAAACAUCCUCUUGAUUUCCUAUGAACUACUGCAAAUAAUAAGAAAAGACCAAAAGAUCUGAAAACAGAGAGAGCACUGCAGAAUUUUUUUCUUCUUUUUUCUUUUGAGAAUGCCAACUGGAAAAAAUAACAUUCUUGAGUCAAAAAAAAAAAAAUCCAGAAAAGUCUUGCUGAUUUGUCAUCCUCAACAGUGGAUGUGAUUGCAAGGUAUGGGUUGGAAAUCCUAAAUGGCCUCAUGAAAUUUCUGUACCUGCUAACUCAGAAUCAUUUUGUGAACAACUUUGUUUGGACAUGAUACUUCCUAAGCAGAAUGUUCUAAUUUGGAUUGUUUACAUGAGGGAAAAUCCUUGAUUUGAGUUGUCUCAAGUGAGUUAAGCCUCCAUAUCGAUCUCAAACCAAAUGUAGGCCAGCCAAGAUAUAUUAUUUUGGCAUUUCAAGUGCAUAACAGCCCCCUUCUAUUUGCAAAGAGUUCCUGGUGGGCAGCUAUAUAUGGUUGAUAGGCUGCAGUCAGCCUCACCAAAUUUAUACUUGUAAAUGUUAUACAGGGCUGGCAAACGUAACUGUGAUUUGUACAUCUGUCUAGGGCACUUGUUAUACACUGUAUAACUUAGGGAUCUUUUCCAUCACUGUUAAAAUCAUGCAGAAUUAUCCUCCUUAGGAUUUACUUCAGACAGCAAAAGGGUUAAAAAAUAGUGCUUCUAAUUUAUCCCAGAAAUCAGAAGGUUCCUAAAGAGGUUCCAUGCUGGUGCCCAAAUUAAUGUGUUGUAAUUGAUUGAAUCACAACAAAUCUAUAAAUCUAUUACAACAGAAUCCACUUUCAUUCAGCUGACAUAUUUCAUAAAAUCUGACAUAUUUCAGAUUUUCCCAUAGGCAGGUCACACAAAGGCCAUGACUUGGGCAAGAAGUCAGCGGGGCUCCCUUUAAUAUCACUGUGAGCUGGCCUGUGGCCCAUGGUAGAAUUAGUUAUUGGGACCGGCUAGGGCUUCAGAGUCUAAGGGAAAAAAUUCUUUGGAGCGUUCAUACAUAGCACCUGGCAGCAACUUCUUAAAAGCAAACAGAUCUUUUUCAGAGAUCAUGCUGCAGCUGUGCGAUCCUAGGAAAAGAUGUAGCUGUUUUAAGAAAUUUCCAACAAGUGCUAUAUGAUGCCCCCAGUAUCUGCCCCCUUCAAGGCUAAGACGCUGGGCAGCUCUUCUGGUUGGUGGGUAAACUAUUAAAUGUAAGGGCAAAAGGUCCCAAGGAAUUAUAAACAAAAGAAAGAUACGAGCACUUGCAUAUCAGCUUCUCUCAUCGAGGGCAGCAAGUGCUAUUUCUGUAUAUGGAGACAAAGGGGCCUAGGCUAGCAUUCUCUUGCUAAAGCCCUAUAAGAAAUAGGCUACUGCAAGGAUGGAAAAAACAUAAAGUUUCUAGACGGAAUUUUUACUUUCACAUGUGAGACCUGCAAUAAAAUACUGCAAAGUAGCAGAUUCAUAUUCAGUAUGCCUUCCUCCAGGAAACUGCAUUUUAUUCUCUGUCUUCCCUAGUUUUCCAUUCUUCUGCUCUCCCAAGAGUCACCCUCAAAUAAGUGCAAAAUAUGCCGUUUGGGGCGUGCAGCAUUCUUAAGAACUCUGGAUGCCACUAAUCUAGUCAUUCGGAGGGUGGUCCGGAAGUUAACCUUCCAACCCAGAAGUGUCCAUCCAGAAUUUUUCUCAUCAUCACAGCAUGGUAAAUCACAAUUGUUUAAGAGGAUUUAAAGGCACAUUUCUUUUCCUCCCCCAUCCCUAUUUCCACUCUGCACACAACAUAAAAUUAGGUAUGUAUAAGUUAAUUAUGCUGAGCUCCUUUUUUAUUCCCCAAAGCAGUGCUUAUCUGUUAUAUGGGAAUUACAAUGCUGACCCACCAUAUAGGGUUGUGGUCAGGAUAUUAUAGAUCAGCACUGUAUGUGAACAGUACCCUUUGUGUAUGGAUGGUGAACAUACACAGACACCAUGCCAUAUGCAUUUGCUGCCUCUUCCACUCACAGGCAACUAAGCAUUGUACAACAAUAGGUAAUUUCAGACCAAGAGGCUUCUCAAACUCUUCAGAAAAAAAUUGAGGUAAAUAGGACAUGCAUUUUUGUUUUGACCCAGUGGGUAACCUUGUACAGGCAGGGCUGUGGGAAGUGCCAGGAUGCCUGUUUUUGUAAUACAAGGAAGGCUGUAGCUGAUUGCAUAACAAACUGAAUUCCUUCUCUCUGCAAAGUAGUGGUUAGAAAACCAGCUGUUGGCUGUUUGCAACACAUGGCGUCCCUGUGUCUCCAGAGGGAACAACCAGGAUUUCUAGCACUGAAUUGCUUCCAGAUGUGAGCCCUGAACUCUUUGAGCCCUUGCCUCCAUUCCUGCCUCAGCAGAACUCCCUCAAGUGCCUCUACUAGGAAGCAGCAUCGAAAGUCCCAAGGACAAAGUUUGUGCAUAGUUGCUAUGUGGUUGUAGGCCUGCUUUUUGGUGCUAUAUUAAAAACCUUAUAAUUCUUGGUGCUAAAGAAGCCUUUUUGAUGCCAAAUUUGACUGAAAAAUAAUUUGAGUUUGCUGGGAGAUAUGUUGGGGGUAACAUGAAGGCCUGCAGAAUUUAUGGUGCUUUGUGGCAAGUCAAAUAAUCAAACAAUGGUUUGUGUGUAUAUAUAUGUGUGUGUAUAUCUUUUAAAUAUUAAAACUUCUUGAUUGCA